CUCCCUGCCAGCCCUGCACUGAUGCGGAAAUGCUCCUAGCAGUUUGCACCAGUGACUUUGUCGCCCGGGGGACCAUCCAGAAGGUGGAACGGGACGAGGACAAGUCGUCGGUCACCGUGGCCAUCGGCCGCCUGUACCGCCAGAAGACGCGGGUGUUCGUGUCGGGCGGCGUGCGGGCCCGCGGCUGGACGGGCCGGGUCAGCAUGCCCCCGCAGUGCGGGGUGAAGCCCGGCGAGGGGGAGUUCCUCUUCACGGGCUCGGUGCGCUUCGGGGAGGCGUGGAUGGGCUGCGCGCCGCGCUUCAAGGACUUCCUGCGCCUGUACGGCGAGGCCCAGCGGCUCGGGACCAACCCCUGUCACGUGGACACGGACUGAAGCCAGCCCCCGGGGUGGGGCGGGCCGCCCGCGUUCAUGAACUAAGGGGAGGCCGAGGGCAAGUCCCCCACUUGGAGGGCAAGGCCACAUUUUGAGGGGCAAAGUCCCACAUCCGGGGGUGAAGCGGAUUCCAGCGCGGCUGCGGUGGUGGGGAGGAGAAGAGGAGCCAGCGAUGAAGUCAGAUGGACUGAAUGGCGGAGGGGGGAGGAGAUGUCCCUCCCCACGACCCCCCUCCCCCCCUCUCUCACAUCCCGCAUCCCCCGGCUCAGCUUCUGGACCCCCCUCCUGCUGUCUUGUGUCGGCUUCUAUAGAAGGAGGAGGAGGAGGAGGAGGAGGUGGGGGAGCUCGUAAUGUGUCGCCAAGCAGUGUUUCUAGUCGGACUCUGUUCAGCAGAGCCAGACCGUGACCACGGCGGCCUCCUCCCCUGGAGACACUGCCCAGGGUGGAUAUGUAGCAGAGCUUGCUCGCGUUGUUUUUGUAAAUGUGUGUAAAAAAUGUGAAUUACCUUUUCUCUUUUUCUUUCUUUUUUUUUUUUUUAUGGAGCGACCCAAGUGCUUUGCAAAAAGCUCAAUGUACAGUUUUGGAAGUUAUUUCUCGAUGAAAUGUAAAAAGUGAAAGUUUGUUUUUAUUUUUAUUUUGUAUAAAAAAGAUGGUUUGAAUUUUAUGGCUGGAUGGAUGAGUUUUUUUAUUUUUUAUUUAGGACUUUAUAAUUGUAGAAAAACGAAGAAGAAGAAGUAGAAGAAGAAGAAGAAGAAGAAGAAGAAGAAAACAAACAACUAAAGUACAGAAGUCCUAUUUUUCCAACGUGAAUGUUGUCUUCUGUGUCAGGCUGUCCACACCAAGCACUAAAAUGCUAUGUUCCAAGAGCUCGGCAUUGAGGAUCGUGGAUUGAGAAUAGUUUUGUAUAUGUUAUUUAAAAGUGAUCCACCAUCUUGUUUUAAAUGCUUGUGAAAAAUAUUUGAAAUGGACAAAAUGGCAACUUAAAAUAAAUGGAAAACACAAAGUCUA